AAGUGAGGAAAAGAACCGUGAAGGUCACAAUGAAGCUCUAACUCGAUUUUUUUUCGUCAUUUCAUUGAUUCGAAUGCGUAAACCUUUAUAAACAUCGUAAGUGCUAUCUAUCUAUCUAUAUUAUUUUUAUUCCUUAAAAUUGAGUAAAUAAUGUGUUGUAAAUUCUGAAAAAUUGGUUGUCCAUUUGGUACGUGAGUGGGAUGCGGAUUUAUGUUCGAUUAAUUAACGAUUACGUAACAUUGGGAUGUCGUUGAUUAUUGGUUUGUUAGAAAUGGUUCGGGAAUGUGAUAUGAACAUGUAUUUUUUCAUUAGUUUGAAAGAGAUUAAGUCCUUUGCUUUUCAGUCUCAUGUUUCGAUUUCUUUAGCAUAUUUAGAACAGCACAAUCCUUGAUUUACCAAUUUUAAAAAUAACUCGAAUGGGUCUGAGAGGUUUCCUGAAUUUUAUGGAAAAUUUAGAAGUUCAUUUUCUACAUGUGUAAAUCGUUUGACAAAUGUUGCCAGAAACUGCUCGAUUUUGGUAGUCUGUGGUGAAAGGGGAAUAUCUCUCGACCCAUUAGGAAUUUUUGAGUGAAUAUUGUUUCAUUGUAAAAUAGACUUCAUGGGGUAUUUAAAAAUGCUAUUUUAAGCCUCUAAAUCCUUUUGAAUGGAUAUAGAUAUUAAUGAGAAAUCAGUCCAGUGUAAUUGUUAUAUAAGAAGUUAAAUGAUGAAUCAAUGAAUUACUAUACAUCUGGGAUAUUAAAUAAGGUUAAAGGAAAGAGUUUAGCUCAUAGUAGUAUUAUUUUUAGGGAUUUCCGGCCCCUCUCUUCCUCAACAAAUAAAUAAAAUAAAAGCAGAAGAGAGAGGAAAAAUGGAAAAUUUAUUUAAUCUCUAGGCUACAAUUCAAGAAGAAAGUGAUAUGAGAUCGUGUGUUUAUGAGCGAAAUCAAGUACUGUUAUACGGAAAUGUGAUGAUCGUCCUACGAGGACUAUACGGAUCUCGCCCUAUACGGGCUAUAUGGUGCCCACUAUCGGGCCAACGAAAAUAUGAUGAUCGUCCCACGAGGACUAUACGGAUCUCGCCCAAUAUGGGCUAUAUGGUGCCCACUAUUGAGCUAUACGGAAAUGUGAUGUCGUCCUAUGAGGACUAUACGGCUCUUGCCCUAUACGGGCUAUACGGUUGACAUCAUGUGAUGCUCGCCCUGUAUGGGCUAUAUGGCGCCCACUAUUUGGGCUAUAUGCUGAUAGUCUGUGUGCCCGUAUUAUUGCCGAGCACGACAGGGGGCUGUAUGAGAUGAGUGGCACGGAAUAAUUAAAAUGGUGCGAAACAAGGUUUUAGACAAAACAGUGGACUCAAUUCCAGUUUGGACGAUCUGCUGACGCCACUCAAAUUCCUGCCGUACAUCGCAAGCCGAGCCGAGCCGAUUCAAUUAAAGUGCAUUUGCCUUGAAUUUGGGGUACAUUUCAUUUGUGGCGAAACCUAACCAAACCAUUACAAAUGCAGCCUAACCCUAGUCAAAUUUUAACUACAAUUACACCCCAUUUUCCUUUUUAUAUAAACACACGCAAAUUAUGCAUUUCCAGCUGGGUACUGAUACUGCUGCUCUUUUCCCUCUUCUUCAUACUCCAUUUUUCACUAUAAAAACGCAAACACAAAGCUAAUUAUUUUAUCUUUUGAUCAAGUUCUGACUUCUAGGGGCUCCCCAAAGUUUGAUCUUUUUUUUAUCUUGGUUCAUAAAUUUCCUUUUCUCUGUUUUUGUUUUCACUCAUCAUUUGAUGGGAAUUUGGAUCACAGAAAAGGCUGCAAAAUUUUAACUACUUCAUCAGGCAAUUUGACAGAAAUACCAAGUAAAAAAUUAGAAAGACUCCAUCCUUCUCUUUUAUUCAAGAAAGCAUGAAGAGACUCAACAGUACUGAUUCAUUGGGUGGUUUCAUGUCCAAUUCUCCCAAUUCAACAGUUGAUGUGGAAUUUGAGACAAUGUUGGAGGAAGAAGGCCAAAUUUGGGAGAAGAAGAGGAGAUUAAGCGUAGUUCAAGUGAAGGCUUUGGAGAAGAAUUUCGAGGUGGAAAACAAGCUGGAGCCGGAGAGGAAAGUCAAGCUUGCUGAGGAGCUGGGCUUGCAGCCGCGACAGGUGGCGGUGUGGUUCCAAAACCGCCGGGCGCGGUGGAAGACAAAGCAGCUAGAGAGAGACUACGGCCUUCUCAAAGCCAACCACGACGCCCUCAAGCUUAAAUAUGAAUCUCUCCACGGAGAGAAUCAAUCUCUGCUCAAUCAGAUUAGCGAGCUGAAAUCGGAGCUGAAUGUGAGCGAGGGCAAAAUUGCAGUGAAGGAAGACGCGUCACUGUCGGAAUCGAAAAAAAAAUAUGAUAUCGAAAUCCAAGGUGGUGGAGCUGCGGCGGAGCUGAAUUUCGAGAAUUGUGAUGGCGAUGCGCAGGAAAACGAGAUGAUGGGUGCGGUUUUUGUCGAUUUCAAGGAUAGAUCAGAUAGCGAUUCGAGCGCGAUUAUGAACGAGGACAACAACAAUCGCAGUCCCAUCGCCUCCUCCGGCGGGAUCCUCCACCGCAGCCCACAGUGCUUCAAGGCGAGUGUUGUCGGAGAGUUUUACCAAACGCAACUAGUAAAGAUUGAGGAGCACAAUUUUUUCGGCGAGGAAUCGUGCAGCACUUUGUUUUCCGAUGAUCAACCUCCCACUCUUCAUUGGUACUUUAACGACCAAUGGAAUUGAAGAAAUAAUUUUAUAAAUAAAUGGGAAUAAUCAAUAUUCUUUCUUUCACAUGACUAUUUUGUACUCCCUUCAUCCCAUAAAAAGAUGGCAAAUUUGGAUAGUGGCAUGAGAUGUUAGGAGAUGUUA